UCAGUUUUCAGGCUUUCAGCUUUGUGGCAUAGCGUAUCCCAGCGAACCCGUAAACCCGUAAAACCAAGCGAAACCAACAAAUAUUACACCAGCGAAGGAAAAUCCCAAAGAAGAGAUCAACAUGAGCGAGUUGUCCAGACUGCAGCAGCAGCAGGAUCAGGAGCAAGUUCCCCAGGAGCUGAUCGACUGCGAUAUUGCCUCUUUGGAUGAUACGACCUCCGAGGUGGGGGUUGUCAAGACGCCACCCCGUAACAAGCAAUACACCAAUGCCCUGAAGAAGGUGAACAAGUUGCAGCGCGUUCUGGAGCAGGCCCUGGUUAUGCUGGCCGAGAAGGAGGCCUGGUGCCAGGAGGGCGAUGUCAGGAUGCCAUCCAGUAACAAGCGAUACACCAAAGCCAUGAAUAAGGUGACUAAGGUGGAGCGCAUGCUGGGACACGCACUGAUUCUGCUGUCCGAGGAGGAGUUCAAGUGCCGGGAGCAGGCGCAGGAAGGGGGCUCCAAGAAGGCCAAGAAGCAGCUGAAGAAGAAGGCCAAGAAGGACAAGAAGAAGGCCAAGAAGCUGGCCAAGAAGCAGGCCAAGAAACAGGCGGAGGAGCAGACGGCAACUGGGGAGGAGCCCCCCAAAACCUCCAGCUCCAGCUCCAGCUCUAGCUCCUCCAGCUCCAGCUCGUCCAGUUCCAGCUCCUCCAGUUCGAGCUCCGAUUCCGGGGACGAAGAGGUAUUCUACGGCUGGGCCAGCAAUCCUUGGCGCCGUGGACCACAUGGCCAUCACGGCUUUGGUCGCCGCCUUGGUCACGGUUUUGGCCACAAGCAUGGUCGCAAGCAUGGCCACAAGCAUGGUCACGGACCUCAUCAUCAUGGCCGACAUGGACAUGGACAUGGACAUGGCCGCCCUCACCACCGCCAUCCACAUGGUCACCACUUCGGACCAACUCAUUUUGCACCCCUCUUUGGACCACAUUUUGGACCACCCGCUGGACCUUCUCUCUAUGACAUCAAUCGCAGAUCCUUUGGCGGACCCUGGCAGGAUCAGUGCCAGUUUUUUCGAUGGAUGGGCCUGCCGUGGGCCCAGAACAAUGCCGCGGCCUGUCGGAGGAGCCACUCGCUGCCUAGACUAUCUCGGCGCGACUGUCGUGGAGAUCUCGGACUCGGAUUCGGAUUCGGACCAGAAUACGGAUACGGAUAUGGCCAACCGUGUCGACCACAUGACCGUCGAGUAGAGAGAUCCCUUUCCCGUUCGAGGUCCAGUUCCAGUUCCAGCUCCAGCUCUAGCUCCAGUUCUUCCUCGGAGGAUGAGAAGAAAGGGAAUAAGUGCAAGGGCAAAGGCAGAGGAAAGGGAAAGGGCAAGGACAAGAGAAGAAGGCAGCGCUCCUCCUCCAGCUCCUCAUCUAGUUCCAGCUCCUCAUCGAGCUCCAGUUCCUCAUCGAGCAGCAGCUCCAGUUCGGAUGGCGAAGUGCAAAAGAGGCACCGCCGACAUGGGCGUCAUUUCGGACCAGCACAUGGUCACCACUUCGGGCCUCCACAUGGUCAUCACUUUGCGCCACCACAUGGCCAUCACUUUGGCCCUCCACAUGGCCACCACUUUGGUCCCCAUCAUGGCGGUCACCAUGGCCAUCAUUUUGGCCCGCAUCACAACAGACAACAUGGCCCCCAAAGAGAACACACUGAAGGACCAGCAUUUGACCACCAGCGCCGUCCGGAGUUUCCUUUCACCCAUCAUGGACCACCACCAGCUGAGUUCCCAGGUCGUCGCAGUCGUUCUCUGUCCCGAUCCCAGUGCCGCAACGAAAAGCAGACUCGUUUCCCAUCCUGUGUCGAGGAAAAGAGCGCCAAAGUCGAGAAGGAAGAGUGCAAGAAGGGAAAGAAGGGAAAGAAGGAAAAGAAGGGAAAGAAGCACGGAAAACGCGGAAAACGCGGUCAUGGACAUGGACAUGGACAUGGACAUCAUCGUGGUUAGGCAAUCACAGCCAGCGUUUAAGAUGCACUAGGACUCCGUCAAUACAACCUAUACCCAUAUAUAUAUCUAUACAAAUAUAUAUGUAUAUACUAUA